AUGGAUCCCACCACUGCCCACCCCUCAACAUUCACCAAGUCCCCCAACAGCCAGUGCGUCAUCAACAUCAUCCCUCCCCGCGAAACGUGGGCAGAGAUCCAGAGCGUGCGCACCCAGUACAUCGCCGACGCCCGCUGCGGACCCCACCUGUCCUUCAUCGACCCCUUCCUGCUGCCCCACUUCUACCCCGAGGCGGCCAGGCUGCUGGGCGAAGCGUUGGCCGACAUGCCGCCGAUCGAGGUGCGCCUGGCCAAGUUCGGCCACUUCAAGCACGCCAAGUCGGCCACGCUCUUCCUCGAACCCGAAUUCAACCCGCCCGGUAACAUACACUACUCCAUGGCCCAUGCGAUGGAUGAUCUGCUGGCACGGAUCAUGGCGGUGUUCCCGCAGUGCGAUGACACGGUGAAGCGGGGCCAGGGCAAAUUCGUGGCCCACGUGUCGGUGGCCAAAUGCAAAAACGAACAGCAGCUCAGGAGCGUGCAGGCCAAGCUCGAAGCCUCCUUCCGGCCCAUCUCCUUCACCCUCAAAGAGAUCUACCUGCUCCACAGGAAAGGGACGAACCCAUUUGAGGUGAAGGAGGUGGUGCACUUCGGGCCGCCGGGCGAGCACACGCCGCCCCACUUCGGCCCCGACAGCCCCGGCGACCUCCUCACGGCCGAACAGCACCACCCCAUUGGCCGAUCGCUGGUGGUGUGCGGCCUCCCCAACAACUGCACCACGGCCCAGCUCUCCGCCCUCUUCACCACAACGCCGCCCGCCAAGGCCGAGGUCAUCCUCAACCCCAACGGCAAACCCAGGCCACUGGGCGUGGUGGAGUUCGAUACGAGGCAGGAGUGCGAUGAGGAGGAGGCCCGAUGGCCGGCCGAGGGUCGCGAGGAUGGCGUGUUUGUGCGCCGUCUCUGGGUCAUGGUCUUCCCCGACGUCGUCGGCGGCAGCUGCUCUCUCAACGCCGUCAAACAGUCCUAG